AUGGUGAUCAUGCGCGGGCGGAUCUCUUCAUGCUUUUUUUCUGAGCAGCAGUUUGAGGAGUUGGAGUCUCGGGUGGAGAAAGUGAAGCUCAAACUCUUCAUCAUCACACUGGGACUUCGGCUCGAUCAACAUGGAGUGUGUGUGUGUGUGGCUGGUGUGUGUGUGUGCGUGCUGAGCGUGUGCGUCGGCGCUCACGGUGGAUCGGACAGAGGUGACCACGCCCACCCGGACCACCAGCAUCGUCACCUGGUUUCCAAUGGCAACGCAGCCUCAGAUCUGUGUGCGAUAGACCAGCCGCUCUGUCAGGAUGAAAACUCUCUGCUGAGCUUUGAGGCGAUCUGCAGCAUCCACAAACUGAUGGACGACGACGCCGACGGCACGGUGGACACGACCGAGACGGACGAGUUUCUCAGGGAGGAUCUGAAGUAUCACGACCCCAAAGACAAACACAGGAGCUUCCACCGAGCCGACCUGCACAUCAGCGUGGCGGACAUGUGGAACGCCUGGAAGAGCUCUGAAGUGUAUAACUGGACGGUGCAGCAGGUGGAGGACUGGCUGCUCGUCAGCGUGGAGCUUCCUCAGUACUCAGAGGCGUUCAGGAAACAGAAGCUGGACGGCCGAGCCUUACCCAGGCUGGCGGUGAAGAACACCACCCUGACGGUGUUGGUGUUGAAGAUCUUGGACCGGAGUCACUCUCAGAAGCUGCAGCUCAAAGCUCUGGACAUCAUCCUGUUCGGACCACCACCAGAUCAUCAGAACUGGUGGAAGGACCUGGUCCUGGCUCUGUCCGUCCUCAUGGCUCUGACCGGCUGCUGGUUCGCCUUCGUCCAGACCAGGAAGUCCAGAGACGACCUGAGCCGCCUGAUGAAGGACCUGGAGGGUCUGCAGAGGGCGGAGCAGAGCCUGCUGGACCUGCAGGACAA